UAAACCUUUCUUAGUGUAAAGAGUAAAUAAUGCUAUUUUGACAUACAUUCACUCACGGCAGCUAUUAAACAGGUCAGCCAGUUUGUUAUCCCUUUUCAUUUAAUGAAAACAUCAAAUCACGUGCGCACCUUGGUCAUCUUUUUGUUCCCCAAACAGGUGAGCACAACAACGCUCCCUCAUUGGUCAAUGUUCAGGGAGGUAAGGCGAGAGAGGCUUCCUCCUUCUCCUUGGUGAAAUCCGACACCUGUGACAUCACCCGGCCCUGGCUCCUCCCCGGGCCAGCUCUAGGCAGUGUUCAGUCUGUGAGAAAACGCCGCCUCUGAAGCACCUCUCUAAAGCUGCCCACAGUACUCCGUAGCCACAGCUGGAAGUAGCGUUGGGAGAUCCAAAGACUGAUUCUUUCAGUUUAACGGAUAGCAAUCAAUGGAAUAAUUAGAGAGGAUCGUGAACCAACUUGCUUUUGUUUUUUUUGCUGCCACUUUUUUUGACAAGACAUUUUUAGGGAUAAUCUUACUGGGAUACUGUUGGAUUUUCUUCUCUGCGAUUUUGGAGGCUGUCUGUGGAAUAAGUGCCUAAAGAUAAAAGGAAUAAAAAGGGAUUUAUUUGUAAAGGACCCAAUUGUCAUGCAUGGGUGUUAGUCUUUGAUCUUGUCAGUGUCUAGCGGAGGGACUCGAGGAGGGAGCAGUGCCACCUUGGAACAUGGUGCCUAACAUUCACCUGUCAGUGCCCCUCCUGCCCAGAUGGGCGGCGCCGUUCCUGCUUCUGCUCAGCUGCACGGCGAUGUCCUCUCUGGCAGACAGCAUGCCAAAUUUCAUCAAAUCCCCCGAGGACCAGAUAGGGAUCUCAGGGGGGGUGGCUUCCUUUGUGUGCCAGGCCAAUGGGGAGCCCAAACCCAGGAUCACCUGGAUGAAGAAGGGAAAGAAAGUCAGCUCCCAGCGCUUUGAGGUUAUCGAGUUCGACGACGGCUCGGGCUCGGUCCUGCGGAUCCAGCCGCUGCGCACGCACCGCGACGAGGCCAUCUACGAGUGCACGGCCACCAACAGCGCCGGCGAGAUCAACACCAGCGCCAAGCUCACCGUGCUGGAAGGUAUCGCUGAGAACCAGGUCCCACACGGCUUCCCCACCAUAGACAUGGGUCCUCAGCUCAAGGUGGUCGAGCGAACCCGGACGGCAACCAUGCUGUGUGCCGCCAGUGGAAACCCGGACCCGGAAAUCUCCUGGUACAAGGACAUGCUGCCGGUGGACAUCAACAGCAGCAAUGGGCGCAUCAAGCAACUCCGCUCAGGAGCCCUGCAGAUUGAGAACAGCGAAGAGUCGGACCAGGGGAAGUACGAGUGCGUGGCCAUGAACAGCGCCGGGACCCGCUACUCCGCCCCUGCCAAUCUAUACGUGCGAGUGCGGCGGGUCCCUCCCCGCUUCUCCAUCCCGCCCACCAACCACGAGGUGAUGCCGGGCGGCAGCGUGAACCUGACGUGCGUGGCGGUGGGCUCGCCCAUGCCCUACGUCAAGUGGACCAUGGGCUCCGUGGACCUGACCAAGGAGGAGGAGAUGCCGGUGGGACGCAACGUGCUGGAGGUCACCCACAUCCGCGAGUCGGCCAACUACACCUGCGUGGCCAUGUCCUCACUGGGCAUGAUCGACGCCACCGCCCAGGUCAUCGUCAAAGCCCUCCCCAAGCCCCCCACCUCGGUCACGGUGACGGAGACCACGGCCACCAGCGUCACGCUCACCUGGGACUCGGGCAACCCCGAGCCCGUGUCCUACUACAUGAUCCAGUACCGCGCCAAGGUGUCGGAGAACGGCUUCCAGGAGGUGGACGGCGUGGCCACCACGCGCUACAGCAUCGGCGGCCUCAGCCCCUACUCGGAGUACGAGUUCCGCGUGAUGGCGCUCAACAACAUCGGCCGCGGGCCGCCCAGCGACCCCGUGGAGACGCGCACGGGCGAGCAGGCGCCCUCCUCCCCGCCGCUGCACGUGCAGGCGCGCAUGCUGAGCGCCAGCACCAUGCUGGUGCAGUGGGAGCCCCCCGAGGAACCCAACGGACAGAUCCGGGGCUACCGCGUGUACUACAGCUCGGACAUGACGGCGCCGCUCAGCGCCUGGCAGAAGCACAACACGGACGACAGCCGCCUCACCACCAUCUCGGGCCUGACCACCGACAUCACCUACAGCCUGCGCGUGCUGGGCUUCACCUCGGUGGGCGACGGGCCGCCGUCCGACGUGCUGCAGGUCAAGACCCAGCAGGGAGUGCCCGCCCAGCCGUCCAGCUUCGAGGCGGAGGCGGAGCUGGAUACCCGCAUCAUGCUGAGCUGGCUGUGGCCCGUUCAGGACCCCAUCACCAAGUAUGAGCUCCACUACUGGGAGGCCAACUCGGAGAACGACAAGAUCCACACAACCUUUGACCCGGCGGGCUCCCACGCCGUGGAGGGCCUCAAACCCGACACCCUGUACCACUUCUCCCUGGCCGCCCGCUCCGAGAUGGGCCUGGGCGUGUUCACCCAGCCCAUAGAGGCCCGCACGGCCCAGUCCACGCCGUCCGCCCCGCCCCAGGAGGUGCACCUGGUCAGCCUGACCUCCACCAGUCUCAAGGUGAGUUGGGUGGCGCCGCCCGCCGCCAGCCGCCACGGCGCCAUCGUGGGCUACUCCAUCAGCUACCAGGCGCCGGCCGGCGAGGAUGCGGGGCGCCACGAGGUGCCCGGCAUCAGCGCCGACGCCACCAGCCACGUGCUGGAGGAGCUGGAGAAGUGGACCGAGUAUCAGGUGUGGGUGAGGGCCCACACGGACGUGGGGCCCGGCCCCGAGAGCGCCGCUGUGCGGAUCAAAACCAAAGAGGACGUGCCCGGGGCUCCCCCCAAGAAGCUGGAGGUGACGGCGGUGAACUCGACGGCCAUCCGCGUCACCUGGAAGCCCCCCAUGCAGGGCAAGCAGCACGGGCAGAUCCGGGGGUACCAGGUCAUCUUCUCGCGCCUGGAGAACGACGAGCCACGGGGUCAGCCCAACAUCAUGGACGUGUCCCUCCCCGAAGCCCAGUGGAAUAUUGAGGAGUCCACCGAGCAUGAGGCCAUCAUCGGGGGACUGCACGCGGAGACCACCUACUCGGUCACGGUGGCGGCGUACACCACCAAGGGGGACGGAGCCCGCAGCAAGGCCAAGGUCAUCACCACCACCGGGGCGGUGCCAGGCAAGCCCACCAUGAUGAUCAGCACGACCAUCGGCAACACAGCCCUGAUCCAGUGGCAGCCGCCCAAGGAGAUGGUGGGCGAGCUGAUGGGCUAUCUGCUGCAGUACAAGCGCACGGAGGACGAGGCCUUCACGUCGCGCGAGCUGCGCAGCCUGGACGACCACUACACGGUCACGGGGCUGCACAAGGGCGCCACCUACGUCUUCCGCCUCAGCGCCAAGAACCGCGCCGGCGCCGGCGAGGCCUACGUCAAAGAGAUCGGCACGCAGGAGGACACGCCCUCGGGCUACCCGCUCAACCUGCGCGUGACGGGCCUCACCACCACCAGCACCCAGCUGGCCUGGGAGCCGCCGGCGCUGGCCGAGCGCAACGGGCGCAUCACGCAGUACACGGUGGUGUACCGCGACAUCAACAGCCAGCAGAACACCACCAACCGCACGGGGGACACCCGCAUGACCAUCCAGGGGCUGAAGCCCGACACCACCUACGACAUCCGCGUGCAGGCCUUCACCAGCAAGGGCGCCGGCCCCAUCAGCCCCAGCAUCCAGAGCCGCACCAUGUCCACCUCCCCGGCAUUCGCCACGAGCUUCGGUGUAAAAGCCGUCAUGAAAACCUCUGUGCUCCUCACCUGGGAAGUGCCGGAGAACUACAAAUCCCAAGCCCAUCAGCCUUUCAAGAUCCUGUACAACCAGCAGAGCGUGGAGGUGCAGGGCGACCAGAAGCGGCGCCUGAUCACGCGGCUGCAGCCCGACACGGACUACUCCUUUGUGCUGAUGAGCCGGGGGAACAGCGCUGGCGGCCUGCAGCAGCAGGUGUCCAUCCGCACCUCCCCCGACCUCUUCAAGUCCAAGCCCGUCCUCUACAGCCAGCAGCAGGCCCAGGGCGGCAAGCUGACCAUAGACCUGCCCCAAGUGCAGACCACCACGCAAGUCAAGUGGUACUACAUCGCAGUGGUGCCGGUAACGGGGUCGUCACAGCGAUGGGAGAACCCAGACGAGAUGGACCUGGAUGUGCUUCUGGAGUCGAGCGACGGCCCUGUCUUGAGGCGCCGGCGCCGGCAGCUGGACACGGCCAAGCCCUACAUCACGGCCAAGCUGAACCCCCUGCCCGCCACCUUCACGCUGGGAGACGAGAAGCGCUACAACGGCUUCCUCAACAAGCCGCUGACGGGACACCAGCAGUACCUGUGCUUCGUGCUCGCCGCCCUGCGCGAGCACGAGAGCGACGCCAGCGACAAAUACAGGACAUUCUCGGCCAGCGCCUACUCGGACCCCAUCCAGGUGCAGAUCCCGGACCUGUCCCCGCGCGUGGAGCAGCCGGAGAUGCUGUGGGUCAUGGGCCCCGUGCUGGCCGUGGUGCUCAUCAUCAUCAUCGUCAUCGCCAUCCUCCUCUUCAAGAGGAAGCGUCCGUCCCCCUUACCGAAGGAUGACCAAUCAGGCGGAGUCAAGGACUCCCUCCUGGCCAACUCUUCGGACCCGGUGGAGCUGCGGAGACUCAACUACCAGACCACAGGGAUGAGGGAGCACCCUCCCAUCUCCGUCAGCGACCUGGCCGACCACAUCGAGCGUCUCAAGGCCAACGACGGCCUGCGCUUCUCUCAGGAGUACGAGUCCAUCGAUCCGGGCCAGCAGUUUACCUGGGAGAACUCCAACAUGGAGGUAAACAAGCCAAAGAACCGCUACGCCAACGUCAUCGCCUACGACCACUCCCGCGUGGUUCUGACCUCCGUGGACGCCGUUCCGGGCAGCGACUACAUCAACUCCAACUACAUCGACGGCUACAGGAAGCAGAACGCCUACAUCGCCACUCAGGGCCCGCUGCCUGAGACGCUGAGCGACUUCUGGAGGAUGGUGUGGGAGCAGCGGUCCAACACCAUCGUCAUGAUGACCAGACUGGAGGAGAAGUCACGGGUGAAGUGCGACCAGUACUGGCCGGUGCGUGGCACAGAGACCUACGGGAUGAUCCAGGUCACCAUGCUGGACACGGUGGAGCUGGCUACCUACAGCGUGCGCACCUUCGCCCUCUACAAGAACGGCUCCAGUGAAAAGCGAGAGGUGCGGCAGUUCCAGUUCAUGGCGUGGCCCGACCACGGCGUGCCUGAGUACCCCACCCCCAUCCUGGCCUUCCUCCGGAGAGUCAAGGCCUGCAACCCCUCCGACGCCGGACCCAUGGUGGUGCACUGCAGUGCUGGCGUGGGCCGGACGGGCUGCCUGAUCGUGAUCGAGGCCAUGCUGGAGCGCAUGAAGCACGAGAAGUCGGUGGACAUCUACGGCCACGUGACGUGCAUGCGCGCCCAGCGCAACUACAUGGUGCAGACGGAGGACCAGUACAUCUUCAUCCACGAGGCGCUGCUGGAGGCGGCCACCUGCGGCAACACGGAGGUGCCCGCCCGCAACCUCUACGCCCACAUCCAGAAGCUGAGCCAGCCGCCGGCCGGGGAGACGGUCACUGCCAUGGAGCUGGAGUUCAAGCGGCUGGCCAACUCCAAGGCGCACACGUCGCGUUUCAUCAGCGCCAACUUGCCCUGCAACAAGUUCAAGAACCGGCUGGUGAACAUCAUGCCCUUUGAGUCCACGCGCGUCUGCCUGCAGCCCAUCCGCGGCGUGGAGGGCUCCGACUACAUCAACGCCAGCUGCAUCGACGGCUACAGACAGCAGAAGGCCUACCUGGCCACCCAGGGCCCCCUAGCCGAGACCACGGAGGACUUCUGGAGAAUGCUGUGGGAGCACAACUCCACCAUCGUGGUCAUGCUCACCAAGCUACGGGAGAUGGGCCGGGAGAAGUGCCACCAGUACUGGCCCGCCGAGCGCUCUGCCCGCUACCAGUACUUCGUGGUGGACCCCAUGGCCGAGUACAACAUGCCCCAGUACAUCCUCCGGGAGUUCAAGGUCACCGACGCCAGGGAUGGUCAGUCCAGAACAAUCCGCCAGUUCCAGUUCACUGAUUGGCCAGAGCAGGGCGUGCCAAAGACCGGCGAGGGCUUCAUCGAUUUCAUUGGCCAAGUGCACAAAACCAAGGAGCAGUUCGGACAGGAUGGACCAAUCACUGUACACUGCAGUGCGGGCGUGGGCCGGACCGGGGUGUUCAUCACUCUGAGCAUCGUGCUGGAGAGGAUGAGGUACGAGGGCGUGGUGGACCUCUUCCAGACGGUGAAGACACUUCGCACCCAGCGGCCUGCCAUGGUGCAGACAGAGGACCAGUACCAGUUGUGCUACCGGGCGGCGUUGGAGUACCUGGGCAGCUUUGACCACUAUGCAACGUAACCACUUCCAGCCCCCGCCAAGCCAGCCCCUCCCACCUCCACCUCCACCUCCACCACCACCCGCUCCUCGUCCACCCUCCACCCGUCUCCGCCUGACCCCUUCCACCCCCCCUUACCUCUCAGGAGUGUGCCAAUUGGACCCCCACCCACUACCCUCUCCUAGCCAAACACCCCCCCUACACCCCCUGACUACCCUUUCCCCCUCCCCCUGACGCCAAGAGAGAGAGAGAGAGAGAGAGAGAGAGCCAAUCACAAGGAGUCCCGUUUCUGGAUUGACCGCAGUGUGUGUGUGGUUUUGGAAUAAAACACACAAACAAACAACGCAAAGUGAAUAAACAAAAGAAGGACAACACGUCACCCCAGAGAGAGCGGUACGAUGACGACAACACUCUUAUCCACGCAUGUGGCCACGCCCUCUGAGCCACGCCCUCAAGGCCACGCCCCCAGAGUGGCGGCUUUGCUUCGCCCGUGCCGUCGAAACGCCAAAACCUUCCUGAUUGUCAAGGCUACUGGUAGCACUAAGAGAUGAUUCUCUCUUUACUUUUAUUUACCUUUUGUUCUUGCUGAUGAAUAUUUUUAAUAUCACUAUUAUAAAAAAAUCUCAUUAUGACAUACUAUAUUAUUUAGCUCAUUGUUGUUGUCGUUUCUGUUUUUUUUAAUCAUUUUAACAUUUGUCUUUUAUUUGGUCUUCAAGGUCCCAACUCGAGGACCUUUUGGUAAUUUACUUUCAUGGAUUCGUAAUCCUUUUUUGUUUUUGUUUUUCGGAUUGUUUAUUCGUCUCAUUACGAUUUUUUUAAUCUCCAUCCUCUUGUUUUUCUCCUCCUUUGUUUUUGGGUCGGUGUGUUUUUCUAGGUUAAUUUAGCACAAGGGACAUGUAUUUUUAACACGUUCCUAGCCACUAAUACAGGAGAAACUGCCGAGUCCCGGGCCGCUGUGGGGUUUGGUCUGCUGUGGUGCCGUUGAUCUGGCUCCCUGCUCUGGUGGCCCCCCCGGUGGGCCCCCCCGUUGGGGCCCCCCGGAUCCCGCUAGCGCUGCGGCAUUGCGGUUCGCUUUAAAGAGUCCCUUCGCUGCCGUUUCCCCUUCUGCCUUUUUUUUGGGGGGGUGAUUUUCAUCUUUUUUUAGCGCCGAAUAAUUCAGAGCAUAGCCUAAAUUAUACGAUGUAAAACACAGUGGGAGAGACGAAUCAGCUAACAAGAGACUAAAUCAGCAGUGUACAGAACUGGAAAGCACAUUGUUAUUUUGUGUGUUAUUUUUUGUUGUUUCUUUUUGUUUUUUGGGUUUCGGAUAUAGGGAUGUUUUUUUGUCUUAUUUUUUAUUUCUUUGGACAGACGCCAAUGGCAUUGAGGCCUUCAUACUCCACAUCGGAGAACUUCUAUGAGUAAAAAAGAAAACAGACUUUGAAAACCCAGUGGGUAAUGGACAUUACGGUAAAACACAAAAAGAAAUCUCUGUUGCCCUUAAAGCCCCUCCCCUCUCCUGAUCGCCCAAUCACCCGGUCCGCUUGCUCGGGGAGGUUGAACCCAAGCGGACCCGGAGGACCACGGAUUGGUUGACACGGGCCGAGGAAGUCGCAGCAGCCAAUAUUCCCGGCACUUGUACAGAAUCGACCAUUCCUAGCAGAGAGCGAGCGCGAGAGAGAGACUAAGCCCUUUGGACUCUAACCUGCUAUCAUUUUAUACAGAAAUAAAACUAUAUAUAUAUAAUUAUGAUUGAUUAUAUAUAUGUACAAUUAUACAUAGAUAUAUAUAUAUAUAAAUAUAUAUACAUACACCGCAACAAGAUAUAUUGUUUAAAAGAAAAAGCUGAAAAAAAAUAGGACUCACUCUGCCCACAUACCAAGCCAAGAGAAGCGAGCAGAGAAGCGGAGUGUGUAUUAAUGGAAAACACUGUUGUAUCUACUGUACUCCCAUAGUCACAGGCCCGCUUGCCCGUCCCAAGCCAGAGGGGAGAGCAUUCCCUCCCCUCUCCUCCCAACGCCAUCGCCUCACCCCAAGCCCCCGACUCCCCCCUACGAUAUGGACGGCUCCCUUCUCCACGCCCUGGCCAUCGCACACAUUGCACAUGUUUUUUGGCGUCACGCUUUUGGCGUCACGCUUUUGGCGUCGCGCUCCCGCAUGGAGCGUCUGGAGCGUCGGGGUUGGAGGCGUCGAAGAGGAGGAACGAGGCGAGGGAU